AACCUGUGGGGGUGGUGAGAAGAAAAAAAGUGAGACUACCUUUAUCUACCUGGUUGAGCUGGGGAGGAUUCUUUUUUGUGCAUGUCGAAAAUUGGAAAUCAUCCUUCCCCCCGAGUGAAAGUGAGAGGCAGGUCGGCGCUGCUGCCCGCCAAGACAGGAAAAAUAACCUCCUCCGCCGGCUGAACAAAUGGACUGUCAUGAAUUAUGAAAAUGAUUUAACGCUGGAGCCAAGCAUCAGCAGCCCGAGUAGCAGCACGCGAUGGAUGGGGAAAACCGUAUCAUUCUCAACGUCGGAGGCAUCAGAUACGAGACGUACAAGGCGACGCUCAAGAAGAUUCCGGCCACUCGGCUGUCGCGGCUGACCGAGGCCCUGGCCAACUACGACCCGGUGCUGAACGAGUACUUCUUCGACCGGCACCCGGGGGUGUUUGCGCAGGUGCUCAACUACUACCGCACCGGCAAGCUGCACUACCCGACGGACGUCUGCGGGCCCCUGUUCGAGGAGGAGCUGGAGUUUUGGGGCCUCGACUCGAACCAGGUGGAACCGUGCUGCUGGUCAACGUACAGCGUGCAUCGGGACACACAGAGCACCCUGGCGAUCCUGGACAAACUGGAGCUGGACGACGAGCAGCCCUCGGAGGAGGCCAUCGCCCGGAUGUUUGGCUUCGAGGAGGCCCUCCUGAAUGGGGAGCUGACCUGCUGGCAGCGGACAAAGCCCAAGAUCUGGGCCCUGUUUGACGAACCGUCGAGCUCGACCGGCGCCAAGAUCGUCGCCGGCAUCUCGGUCUUCUUCAUCUGCAUUUCUGUGAUAUCGUUCUGUCUGAAGACACACCCGGGUCUCCGGGUGGAACUUCCCCCAGCCCUGCUGAACAUCUCGGCGAACGGCACCAGCGCCCUGCUGGCCAACAUGACCAGCAUCGUGGGCCCGCUGACCGGCGGACCCAGCAGUGGAACCAACUCGGCGGACGGGAAGGCCGACCCCCGGGCCAACCCGAGACCCCUGCGGACGGGGCGCCUCAUCUCGUCCGCGUACCGGAUCAACUCCGGCAAGGGUGGCAACAUCGUGGACAACUGGCAGGAGACGUACGGCCAACCGCACGAGGCCUUCUUCUACGUCGAGCUCGUUUGCAACGUUUGGUUUAUCAUCGAGCUGACGGUGCGGCUUGUGGUCGCCCCCAACAUCUUCGUGUUCAUCCGAUCCCCGGUCAACAUCAUCGACCUGGCCGCGACGCUCAGCUUCUACACGGACGUGUGCCAGCGGAUGGGCGAGCAGACGGGCCUGCUCGAGGCGUUCUCCAUCGUCCGGAUAUUGCGCCUGUUCAAGCUGACGCGCCACUCGCCCGGCCUCCGGAUUCUGAUCCACACGUUCAAGGCUUCGGCCCGGGAGCUCACGCUGCUGGUGUUUUUUCUCGUCCUGGGCAUCGUCGUCUUCGCCAGUCUCGUGUACUACGCCGAGAAGCUGCAGGACAAUCCGGACAACCAGUUCAAGAGCAUCCCGUUGGGGCUGUGGUGGGCCAUCGUCACGAUGACCACCGUCGGGUACGGGGACAUGGCCCCCAAGACGUACGUCGGCAUGUUCGUGGGGGCGCUGUGCGCCCUGGCCGGCGUGCUGACCAUUGCCCUGCCCGUGCCCGUCAUCGUCAGCAACUUCUCCAUGUUCUACUCGCACACGCAGGCCCGCUCCAAGCUGCCGAAGAAGCGCCGACGGGUGCUGCCCGUGGAGCAACCCCGGCGGAAGCGGGACGUUGGGGUGGCGAACCGGCGGAUGAACGCGAUGAAGCACCAGCACGCCACCACCCACCCGACGGGCCACCCGGCCAUCUUUAAGGACGCUUUCGGCGGGGCGAAAAUCGGCCACGUGAACGGCGUAAACGUGAUAGGUCUCACCCUGCAGGGUCCCUCCGUGCCGGGGCUGGCCGUCCUCAAGCCCCCCUCCAUCAUGCAGCAAGGUGACUUCAUUAAUGUCCCCGCGCUCAACUCCCUCCAGCCGCGGCAGCCCACGACCGGAAACGUGGAUUUAUUGCUUCCAUUACAGCCCAAGUUGCUGGUUCCGCUGACAAUGGAUCGAAGGGAUUCCAACCGAAACCCGAUGGAAUCUACGCUGGGAGGAUCGGGACUGACCGGCGGCUUUGGCUUGACGUCCACGCUGGCGACGAUGCCGAGUCCAGCACCGGUUCCAUGUCCGACGGCCCCGGAGGAAGUAAUUUUGGAGCCCAAAGUGACGCUGCACAACGACAGCGCCAUCUCGACGCCCACGUCGUUCAACGAUGGCCACGAUACGCCCUCGGGGGAUGAAGUUUGAGGAAUGGUUUGGGAGUUGGCGUUGAGGUUAGGAGCUUGCAGCUGAUUUGUGCCAACUUGAAGUUGCAUGGAACGGAGGCAGGGUUAGAUGCGAAAGUUUAGUGUGUUUUGAGGGCGAGUUUUUUUUUAGUCAAAGAAACCAAGUAAAAGCUUUAAAAACUGUUGGAUAUUUGGAAGCAGAUUGUGAAUAGACGGACGAAUGGCAUGAGUAAAAAGUAAAAACCUAAAAAUAGAGGUAAUAUUAAAUGUUUUUGUCAUACAAAAGCGUCCUCUAGCGAAUCGUUUUAAUAUGCUUAUAAGUGUAGAUAAAGAUUUGUACUUAUUACCAACUAACAUAAUAAGUAUCUUAAAAAAAGUAUAGUGAUAAGUUAUAUAUGCUUAGACUGGAGAGAAUUGAUACUUUGAAAUCAUUUUUGUAAAACAAAAUGUCAUCAAAUGAUUGUUUGUUGAGUAACAUAUUUUAAUAGGACAAGUUUUGAAGCAAUUCCAAUAUUCAAUAUUGAGUUUUGAUCAAUGGGGAAAUUUUGUCGAAGAUCCUUAUUGUAGGGUAGUUGACCCUAUUUUAGACCUACUAAAGCAAA